AACUCGAAUCUUUCUCCUCUCUGUUUUUUUAUUCUCUGUUAGAUUCUCUCUCGUUCCCUUCUUUCUUCUGAUACAUCAGCCAUUCAUUUAUUUUUGGGUCUUAAAUAAGAAUCAAAACAUUUCAUAGCCAAAAGAACAAAGAAAAAGAAAGCAGUUUUGGUAUUUGCAUUACAAAUCAAAAGCAUGACAGUUUCAUCUGGUGAAAACUCUGCCGAUACUAAAAGUUCUCUUUCCAGACUUGCUCCACUACAGGCAGUAUUAUUUGACGUUGAUGGAACUCUAUGCGAUUCAGAUCCCCUCCACCAUUAUGCCUUUCGUGAAAUGCUUCAAGAGAUAAAUUUCAAUGGUGGUGUUCCAAUCACAGAGGAAUUCUUUAUCCAGAAUAUAGCUGGCAAACAUAAUGAUGAAAUUGCUUUGCGCCUCUUUCCUGAUGAUUUUCAACGAGGGCUAAAGUUCACGGUUGAUAAGGAAGCCAUGUUUCGGAAGUUGGCCUCUGAACAACUGACAGCUAUUAAUGGAUUAUAUAAAUUGAAGAAAUGGAUCGAAGACCGUGGAUUGAAGCGGGCUGCAGUUACUAAUGCUCCAAGACCUAAUGCAGAGCUCAUGAUUUCAAAACUUGGGCUUGCAGAUUUCUUCGAUGCAGUCAUCAUUGGAGAUGAAUGCGUACAUGCUAAACCACAUCCGGAACCCUAUCUGAAGGCUCUUGAAGUACUGAAAGUGUCAAAGGAUCACACCUUCAUAUUCGAGGAUUCUGUUUCUGGGAUAAAAGCUGGAGUGGCAGCUGGUAUGCCGGUGGUUGGUCUAAGUACCAGAAAUCCUGAGGAUGUACUGAUGGAAGCAAAGCCCACAUUUCUUAUAAAGGAUUAUGAAGAUCCAAAACUGUGGGCAGCUCUAGAAGAGGUUGAUAGAAAGGAAGGUGCUGGAGUAGCUGCUCCUUGAUUAAGUUACUUGGCAACUUCACUGAUUACAUUGCCUGAAUAAUAUGGUUGCAGAAGAGCAUCUGCAACCUCUUAAGGAAUAAAGUCAUUCCAAGAUUUGAUAUUAUAGAAAUUGCAAGUCAAGGAUGAUUUCAAAUUAAUCCUGUGGACAUUGAUGGAUUACUUAGAUUAGAUUGAGCCUUGAACAUGUAAUACAGAAUUUUUUCGGCUUAUUAUAUGAGUAUAUAAAAGUAUAAUCACCCCUUUCAUUCCA